ACCUGCAGGUUUAGAGCUGAAGGUGCGAUGCUGUAGUCUGCAGAGUGCAGGUGCCACUCUUAUUGUUGAGUUUAAAUAAAUUGGUAAUCUGGCUAAACAUGCUCUCAUCUGGUAACCUUUUGCAAAUACACUGAACUUAUUAAACCACAUCAUCAAAUUUGCUGAUAAGUGAUAACACUACAGGCUACACAUUAAGCUGAUAUAUCUAACUGUGCCUGACAGUAAGUUAGCCAACAAUAGCUAACGUAGCCAACUAUGCAUGUGUUAAACAACAAGCGAUUGCCCAACAGAGGUCAAACGCUGAUGUUGUUCAGAACAAACGCUCAUAAGUAUCUCUCGCUUCCUCGCAUUUACCUAUUUGGUGAGAGAAAGUUACAUUUAAUACAAACUGUAAAUCAAUGUUGGAAGAGCAGCAGCUGACCAGGGGAUAAGGUCUGAAGAGGCGUGGUGAGCACUACGUCACUUCUGGGUAUUAAACUGCUGCGAGAGGUCCCACUCCGCUGCUUUUUCCUAAGCCAUGUCAGUGGAACAAAGGUGAACUCCUACCCAAAAACAAUUACUGACAGGAGAUAUUGUGUAUUGACUAUUUGAAGAUAUAUAAAAUAAAGCUGCAUCUGUUGGUUUAUUAGCUUAUGAUGUCUUUAUUGACUAAAUCUUUCCUUCAUUCUUUCUGAAUACACUGAAACAGCCGUUGGACCAAACAUGCCUCCAGCAGAAAAAAGCAAACUUGGCUACACACCACCAGAUGGAGGCUGGGGAUGGGUCAUUGUCUUUGGGGCUUUCAUCUCUAUAGGAUUCUCCUAUGCCUUUCCAAAGUCCCUCACCAUCUACUUCAAGGAAAUCCAGGAAUAUUUUUCAGUUUCCUACAGUGAGAUUGCCUGGCUGUCCUCAGUCAUGCUCGCUUCAAUGUAUGCAGGAGGACCUGUGAGCAGUAUACUUGUGAACCGCUAUGGCAGCAGACCCGUGGUUAUGGUUGGUGGGCUCUUGGUCAGCACUGGCAUGAUCCUUGCCUCCUUUGGCACCACUAUCAUGCAUCUGUACCUUUGUGUUGGAUUAAUUGGAGGUUUUGGCCUUGCUUUCAACCUACAGCCGUCGCUGACAAUCAUAGGAACCUACUUCCAGAUCAAAAGGCCUCUGGCGAAUGGACUCGCCAUGACUGGAAGUCCAGUUGUUCUGUUCACACUGGCCCCUCUAAAUCAGUGGCUAUUUGAUUCUUUUGGGUGGAGAGGAAGCUUCCUCAUUCUAGGAGGCAUUGUUUUGCACUGCUGUAUAGCUGGGGCUUUGAUGAGACCAGUCAAUAAACAUGCCCAACCCAAACCCAAAGCUGAACCAGCGGGGUGUAACGGGGAAGCCGCUGAGAAGGUGGCUUCUUCAGAAGCAAAUUCACAGUCAGAUAAACUUCUGAGUAAAGAAAACAAAGAAGAGAGCAAGAGUCAGGGCUGUGUGCAAAAGUUCAUAGAUCUCUCGCUUUUCAAACACCGGGGCUUCAUCAUUUAUCUCGUUGGUAACGUUGUCUUGUUUUUUGGAUUUUUCGCGCCUGUGGUCUUUCUGGCUCCAUACGCCAAACAUCAAGGGAUCGAUGAAUAUUCAGCAGCUUUCUUACUCUCUAUUUUUGCUCUGACGGACAUGUUCAUCAGGCCGAUAACUGGCAUCCUUGGCAACACCAAGUGGGUUCGACCACGGAUUCAAUACUUUUUCAGUUUUGCCGUCUUUUACAAUGGUGUGUGCCACCUUUUCUGCCCACUGCUACCUGGAUAUUCAGGUAAGGUUGUUUAUGCUGUCUUCUUUGGUUUGGCGUUUGGGAUGCUUUCUGCUCUGCUUUUUGAAGUUCUGAUGGACCUGGUAGGAGCUCAUCGCUUCUCCAGUGCAGUUGGACUCGUCACUAUUAUUGAGUGUGGACCGGUGCUUCUUGGACCUCCAUUAUCAGGGGCUCUGGUUGAUAUUUUCGGGGAUUACAAAUACAUGUACUAUGCGUGUGGAGUGUUUAUGCUGGUGCCUGGUAUAUAUUUCUUCAUCAUGCAUUACUACAACUAUAAGAAACUGGACGAGGAGCACAGGCAGGAUGUGGCUGCGGAGCUGAGGACUUGUGAAGAGGCAGUACAACUCAGAUUGAGACAGGAUGGUAAAACAGCACAUGAAACAGAUGGAUGAAAAUGCUGAGUAUGGUUUUAUUUUAGUGGAUGUAAAAAGAUAACACUUCAAGCUUUACAGCAGGACAUGCAGUAUAUGGGAAUUAUUCAUAACAAUUAUUUUUCUCUAUUUUGGAGGAGGUUGUUGGAGUCUUUGGACCUUUUCCACAUAGAUCAGCAUAUAAUAUUUAAGUGGUUAUAUCCGGUGCCAACUGUAAAUGUAAUGGCUUUUGCUCAUAAAUCACAAAGCAAUGCUGCAUUUCCUUACAAUGCAAUUAUGUUAAUGGCUCUAUAAACAAAUAUGGUUUCAUAUGUUUGUGCUUCUUUAGCGGCCAAAUAUAAAGUACUUUUCCAAAGGGACAGAUUAAAAAUAACAACACAGGGGCAUAUCACCACUAUUGUUUAUUGUCAUCUUAUUACCACUAGAUGGCUCUGGACACAACCAUAUGAGAACUCAAGGUGCAGCACCUCUCUUCUAUUAAACUGCAAUUAAACAUCAGCGAUGUUCAUUUGUGGGUUAGAUUUUUACAGCCUUGCUUUCCACGUCUUGGGUUGCGACUCCCAUGGGCUGGCAGCUGUUAUGAAUGGGUCGCCAAGGGCACAGCAAUUAAAGUAUGAGAAAAUUCAAUUUAUGUGGUUAAGGCUACACACCACCUCUUUUAAAAUACCUUCCGUAUAAUCCCCCUUUGCUGUCCUUAAGUUUAACUCCCACUUUUGGUAAUUAUUCAAGUUUUAAUGGACAGUAAAAUAUGUUUUCAGUGCCGUAGGGAUCUGACAAGUUGUUUCACUGCUGCAUCAUUUUAGUACAGACUUCAAAAUUCAGUGAGAGGUUAUGAAAAUGUUUAAGAAUCAAGCUUUCAAACAAGUGUUGGGAACCCUGUGUGCUUUUAAUAAAAAAGGUUUUAAAAAGCACAACAUUUGCACGUGCCAGUGAAGAACUGAAUGUUUUUAUCUAGCCUUACUGAUGAAAAGCAUAUCAUACUAUAGCCAGGGGCCAGGCGUCAACAUUUUUCAGUAUUUAAAGAUGAUGUUUUUAGUUGUUUCUUUGCAGAUACAUAUUUAGCUUUUGUGUGUUGUGAAAAACGUAUUCAAACUAAAUCAAAUAUUCUGCCUCAUCCAUGACGCCGCAGAGAAAAUAUCAACGGCUGACCAAAAUCCGAUGUGCGAUCCUACAUCAGGUCGCAUCAUCCCACCACAGGUCAAACUUUAUGUCCUAGCACACUGCAUGAUUUCAGCCCCUUAGAGCCAGUGCCUUGAGCACCUGGAAUAAAAGAUACAAAGUGGAGCUAUUCAGCGUAAGAACAAUGCCAUUAUUAGAGAUGUAUGCUUAAAUGAUCCAUUCUUAUCAUGUCCCUGCAAGGUGUAUAUUGACUUCCUUUUCAAAUGGAUGAAAAUUGCUUAAGUGAGGGAAUCAAUACCUUUAUUUAUAACCUUAGAUAACAUUAUCUGAAAAUCAGAGUUCAUGGCUUAUGCUUGGGCGGUCUGUUCUUUGGGUAUUGGUUUCAUUUCAAUCAACUAAAAUAUAUUACUGUCGGGUAAUUUACCAAGAGUGGUUAUUUUGAUUUUGUCUAAGACACAACAAGGUAAAGUUUGAUCUUAAAACUCCCACAAAUGCAUCUUAUGUUUAGUUGUAAAUACAUCAAUUGCCAUGAUGAAGGAAGUGUGCACAUCUUAAAUUAAAGUGCCACGACACGCUGUACAAAUGUGCCAUUGGUGUAUAAGUACUGCAUUCAAAUUGUUGUCUUAUGUAAAAGUAUAUACGUAAUAUCAGCAAAUGUACUAAACGUUUCCAAAUGACUUAUUGCUGAGAAAUAGCCCUUAUCUAAUGAGAUACUAUAUACUGUAUAUGCUAUUAUAAAGUAUACUGUUGUAUUAAUAUUACUCAUGCAUUAUGGUGUAAGUUUUACUCAUGGUUGACUAUUUUGUAUAAUGGCAGCAAAUUCUGAUUAUUUUCAUUAUAGAUUUAUCUUGUGGGUUUUAUUUUUUUUCAUUAGUCAAUCUAGUGUGUGGUUUGUGAAAUGUGGCACAAUGUUGAAACAUGUCCAUCACAAUUACACACAGUACAAAGUGACAUAAAGAAAUGACAUUUUGGGUAAACUUUUACAAUAAACACUAUUUCAAAACUUCAAAA